CGAAGCUGCUUAGAGAAAAGCUUCACAAUAUAUUCUCACCAGUAUGUUUGUUCGUGGAAGCUCGCAAUAAAGUUACAGUCGAAAAAUCGAUAACAAUAGUGCAGUACUAAUUGUUUUUAAAUUUUGAUUUACUGGAAAUUGCCGCUUAAUUUAUUGGUUUUAUUUACGAUGGAAUCUAAGCGAGGAGAAAGGAGAAGUUCACUUAAGCACCCAGACACUACAGGGAUUAAACGAUUUGGAAGCUCGGUUGAAACAUCUCGAGUAAAUCGUCGUAUAAGUUUUUCUGGCAGGAAAUCAGUCAGGGAAUUCCAUUCAGAAGAGAAGCCCAAGACCUGGAACAAUUCAUACGAAGUAUCAGAUCACAUCAACACUUCUGACGGUAGUUCAGAAGGCUAUAUGAAAGGAGCAAUUAGUAAGACUCAAGGGAAACCAAAUAAUCUUUCAUUGGAUUAUAAGGAAAAUAUUGCUUCUAAUAAUUCUACCUGCGAAUACAAAAGUUUAUACAGAAGAAAGAGCUUAGAAUCUUUGAACAAAUGCAAUGAAUCAUCUUGUAUGGGUAAAGAAGAUGCUAAGAACACUGAUGAAAAUAUUUCAUUUUAUAAAAUCAGAAAUGAGGUGAUUGUUGAGAAUGCAGCAAAAAAAUCACAAUUAACAUACUUUGGAAAUGAUGCUAUGGUAGUGGAUGACAGGAGUAUGACCAAUGCUAAUAAGAGGCUAAGUAUAAUUCAAUCGAUGGAAAUGGAUAUAUCAAAAGAGGAAAAUGUAACUCUCCAAACAAUUAACAAUGUUGAAAUGGUUAACGAUGAAGAAAUCGAGACAAUUACAAGAAGUUUCAAAGAUCAGCUCUCAUCAAUUACAUUUGAAUCAAUGGAUAAUGGAAAGAAAACAAAUAAAAGAAAGUCAACUAAUAAGAACGUAACCAUGGAUAUUUCCAUGAAUGUAGAAGAGCCUGUUAAGCUUCAGGAUGUACUCAACACAGAGCCACAAGAAUAUAAAUAUUCCGAUUUAGUUGAAGAAGAUACAUCGCUUCCACAUCCGCUUUCGCAAAAUACUACAACAAAAAUAUCACUUGCUUCGAAAGAGGUUGUUUCAAGAAAAUUCGGCACCUCUGAUAAAAAGGUAUUGAGUGAGGAAAUACCAGAAUUGCAAAAUCAUCAACCUAUAUGUGAGGAUUCAAUAAUUAAAUCAAAAUCCGACGGCUUGGGUUUAACUGUUAACAGUCCCUCAAACAUGGAAGUUGAAUUGGAUAUCAAAAGUAAUAUUUUAUCAAGCAUUAGUUUCAACUCCCCCUUGUUUCCACCAAUUAUGAACAAGAAACUUAACUUCCGUCAAUUGAAUGAUGAUAUUGGGGGUGGAAAAAUUGUAAUAUUUCCUAAUAAAAUUGUGGAAAAACAAAUCCCUAAUAUUUGUAUUGAUUCUAAUAGUAAUAUGAAGCCUGAGGUUCAUAAUAGAGAAUGUUUUGAAAAUGUUGCCGACAAAAUUAACGAAAGAAGCUCUGCGGAUUGUACUGAAAACGAAGAUAUGGUAUCAGAUAGUACAAGUUUUCUUGUGAAAGAAAAGGUGGGCGAUGAUACGAUUCUACACAACCAUUCCAUAUGUCUCGAUUAUCAGUACAGAAGAAAUACAAUUCAUUGUAACUCAAAAAUCGAUACAAACUAUUCCUCAGUGGAAGAGUUGGAACAAGAAAAUAAUAUAAACACGUUGGGUAUGGAGAAAGAAAUAAUAUUAAAAAAGCCGGAACAGUUUGAUAAUAAUUAUAAAUCUAUAAGAAAGUCAAUAUAUGAAAUUCAAGAUAUGAGUUUAAAUGGAACAAACAUUCAAAAUAUAUCAAAUGAUAUUUCGAAAAGCAUUGAUCUUGAAACUGCUGAAUUAUGUUAUGAAGUUGCUUUGCAAAAUGACGAAGAUAAUACCAAGAAACACACUAUUUAUUUUAAUCAAGAUAUUGAGCCUACCCUAAACGACGAACUUUCUCUAUCAGAAUCCAAUAAUUAUUCAUUAGAAUUACAAUCUUCUAACAAUAAAAAUAUAGAUGAAAUGAAAAAAGAAGCUUAUGCAAUUAAAUCUACCCCGAUUUCAAAAGUUAAAUCCGGAUCUAAAGUUUUUCUAAUGCGACAGAAGGCCCUUGAUACAAGUGACUGUGGCAGCGAUUCGUUCAGCUUAAAUUUAAAAGAAGCAAGAACGGCUUUAUCAAGUAAUUGCAAACGGCGAAUUGAGGGUACUCCACAUCGCUCUUUCCUGGAAUUCGUAUAUUUAGAAAGAAAAGUGGAGCAGGACAAUCGCAUUUCUUUCGAAAAAGAAUGUACUGAAACAACUUUAAAUGUUAAGCACACUCGGGACGCAAAUGAGUUGUCAAAAGAAUGUAAUCAAAAUGAUUUUGAAAAAAAUGUAGAAAAUCAAGAUAGAAGAGUGGUUCCACGCAAAUCUACCCUCCUUAAUAAGGCAGGUUUAAAAACUGUCGAAAUAGAGGAACAGGCAAUUCCGAUGAUAGUGAGCCCUAUAUCCUGUCAAAUAAUCAAUAAGCGGUCUACAUUACAUUUGACUCCAAAUUUACCACUACCUAAAAAAAGGCAAACACUUAUGUUUGACGAUUUUGGAAUGGAUGAAUCUAUAUGUUCCGAUAAAAUACAAUCAAACGAUCUUAUCAAUAGUGGAAACGAACUAAUCAUUAAAACGGACACUUCUGAUGAAUCAAAAUGUAAAAAAUUGGAUUUCCAACCUCCUACUGAGUACGGCGAAUGCAGUAUCUCUUUGGAAAACACCAGCAUAAAAUUGGACGUUUCUAACCAAAUGCAAACAGAAAAAGAAACUUUUGUGGAACUCGAAAAUAGCGGUCGGCAAGUGGACUGCUUAGAAUCGUUCAAAAGUGGUAUUCCAAUUUUAUUAAAUCAUAAAGAUAAUGAGCAAAAACCAAAAACUUUAAAUUCGCCUUCGAGUAAAAUAAAUACUUCAAUGGUGGUGGACCUUUGUAAAGACUCUGUUCAACUACCACCCUUAGCCACCUCUAUCGAAAUUCGAAACUCGGUUAUAAACAUGCCGAUUCCAUCUCACGAUACAACAGUUGAUCUUGAAAUCGAGGAUAUAAAUUACAAAAUAAAAAAUUGUGAUUUACUUGAAAAUGAAAAUUCUAAAAAAGAGGGUUGUGUUUUUGAAGAUAAUCCAAUUACAAUAUCGGACGUAUCCGUACAUUACUUAGCGCAGCGAACAUCGAAUUUUAUGAAAAUUGAUAAAAAUGAGGACAAAUACGAUUUAACGGAUUCGAACAAAACAGCUGUGUUUAAUAAACAAUUCAUUAAUCUUGAGCGUGAAAUUUCACCUUUGUGUAUUUCUCAAAUCGAAGAAAUUGAUAAGACGCGUUUGAGCUUAGUUGAAACAUUAUUGUCGGAAAAUGCUGAGGAGGAUAAUGAAACAAAGGAGCUCUCAUCCGAUGAGGAAGUAGAAGUUGUCCAUAAUUGCACCGCCAAUAACCAUAAGUAUGUUCCAGUUGAAGAUUGUUCAGCAUAUCUUGAAGAGAAAAAUAAGACUAUGGAUUUAACGUCUCCUAAGGCAAAAAAAUCAAUGAUAUGUCGUCGGUGUAAAUAUUGCCAGGAAAAUUUUACUUCAGAAAGUAUGUCAGUCACCACUGAGUCGUUUGUUUUACCACCCAUGCCACCAUUUCCGUCUCUUGGCUUAGAACGGUUAGAGAGACUUCGCAAGUGUCCUAAAUUGAAAGAUGUUCACGAAUAUUGGCGUAGAAAGUCAUUGGAAAAGAAAGGAGCAAAUAUGUCCAUUACCCUUGAGCCGAUCAUGGAUUCGGAUGACGAACAAAGUACAGAUUUUAUGAAUAGUAUUUUUGUUAAGGAAAUAGAGGCGUUUAAGAGAAUCGAAAGUCUGGUCAAUGAAUUGAAAGUAAAAACAAUACAAACGGAUAUGUUUUUCAAAAAUUUGAAUGAAACUCUAAGUAAAGAAUUACCAAAGUGGGUGUUGAACUACCAAAUGAGGACAAAGAAUAUAAUGCGGUUUAUUCACAAAAAUUAUGUUUCAUUUUCUAUUGAAAUGCAUUACGAAGACAAAGACCAACUUGGAAAUAAUAUUUUCAUUCAAGAUGUUUGUUUAAAUACUGGUCGAGUCCCAACAAAAUAUUGGAAGCCUAUAGAUCAUAUUUUGGAUUUUAAUCUCAAAGUCAAUUUGCCGCUUGAUUUGAAAACGCUUCUCAGUGGAAGUAAAAUAAAUGUAAUGCAGAUGUUAAGGCACAUUGAUGAGAUAUGCAAUAAAGUUGCUAAAGACGGUUUAAGGUUAUGGAGAUUAGUGUGCCAAGAGGAAGCUGCUAUAAUUAUAGACUCAAAUCGCAUAUUUGUGAAAAAGAUUGAACACUUCAUUGAACAAGGAGAUUCAUAUCGCCAUCCCUCUGUGAGAAAGACUGAGUUCCGAAUAGAAGUUAAUAAUAUUAGAUGCCUAUCAGUCAAGGAUAUAAUAUCACCUCCAGUAUAUACAUUAUCCAACGAAUUGCAAUUUUUACCCACCGGAAUAGAUUUUAUUGAAAAAAUUAUUAAAUCUCCAUCCAAAUAUUUGAAACAAUAAUAUUAA